AAUUGGAUAGACGACACCUGGGGAUUCAGGACGCGAAUGGAUUGGCUCACUUACAAGGCCUGCAAGUUCAACGAGGCCACACGACUCAUUAACGAGUACAGCACCCCUCUCGUGCUCACUUUCCUCGCCGUGGAAAGACUGAUUGUGGUCGUGUUCCCAUUCAGAGCCAAACAGUUGCUCAACAAGUGGACGUACAUGGGUUGUUCCAUUGGCAUUCCCAUCUUCACAGUGUCCAUGGUCAUGGGCAUAUUCAGGGGGGACAACGGAAGAUGCGGAUAUUCAGGCAACGGAGGACUGUACAGAGACGGUAGGACGAAGUUCCUAUUCGACAUCCCACUUCUGUUCGCCCUUCCAGCUAUGGCCUGUCUCGUCAUGUAUGGCUUAGUGGCGGCUAAACUACUCAGAAAACCCGCCACUGCUGCCGCGAAGAACAAAGACAACAACGCCGACAACAAGGGAAAGGAGAAGAGUGAGAAGGAGAAGCGGAACAUUCUGCUGUGCAAGUGUUUCUUCUCGACCACUGUGGCGUGGAUUGUGUGCUGGAGCUACACCUACUACUGGGACUCCAACACAAUCCUCGAGUGGAGAGGAAGGAAGGAGUGGACUGCAGGUGAAUAUGUGUUGUACCUGAACCGUGACUUGGCCCUCUAUCUCUACUCGGUCAUCAACCCCGUCAUCUUCAUCAUCGUCAAUCGCCAGUUCCAACAGCCAAUCAAAAUGCUCGUGAACAAAGUUAAAAAGUGCACAGGAGAUGCAUGAUUGAAAACCCUGCAAACUUUUCCUGGAAGUUGUCGGCUCAUUCCUCCUUGAAUUUUCCCUAAAAUUAAUCUUUACCAAAAAUAAAUGUCAUAAAACUA